UGACAAAUGGUUUUAAUUUAACAAAAUGGCGGUGACAGUUAAGGAAGUAUUGAUUAAAAUUUAUUAAAAAAAUAAUACUUUGCCAUCAUCAUCCAAUAUUUCGUAAAAUCUUAUUUUUCCUCUAAUCUGGAUUAUAAAUAAUUGUUCUUCUGUGGAAUUCGUAUUUUUAAUACAAUCAAAAUGCGAGGAAGACCAAGAAGAUCAAGAAGCAGAGAUCGCCGAAGAUCUCGAAGUCGUGACCGCGGUUAUGGCGGCGGAGGCGGCGGAAGACGUAAUGCAGCUGGUUCGAAUCUCAGGAAACCCCGAUGGGAUCUUAGUCGUUUGGAGGCAUUCAAGAAGGAUUUCUACGUACCCUUAAAUUCCGUUCAAAAUCGCUCUUCUGCCGAAAUAGAAGAAUGGAGAAGGAAGCAGGAAAUAUCUCUAAGGGGAAAGAAUAUUCCUAAUCCUGUCUUGAACUUCGAUGAAGCUAGUUUUCCCGAAUAUGUCAUGGAGGAACUUAAAAAAAUGAAUUUCAAAAGUCCAACUGCUAUACAGGCUCAGGGCUGGCCAAUAGCGCUAUCGGGCAGAGACUUGGUGGGUAUCGCUUCUACUGGAUCUGGAAAAACGUUGAGUUACAUUUUACCCGCCAUUGUUCACAUUAAUCACCAGCCUAGAUUGAAAAGAGGUGAUGGGCCAAUAGCUUUAAUACUGGCUCCUACCAGGGAACUUGCCCAGCAAAUACAACAGGUAGCCAAUGAAUUUGGCCAAACUUCGAGGAUCAGGAACACUUGUGUUUUUGGUGGUGCUCCUAAAGGUCCUCAAGCUAAUGAUCUGAUGGAUGGCGUAGAAAUUGUCAUCGCUACACCUGGAAGACUCAUAGAUUUCUUAGAAAGUAACAGAACAAAUCUAAAAAGAUGCACAUACCUUGUUUUAGAUGAGGCCGAUAGAAUGUUGGAUAUGGGUUUCGAACCGCAAAUACAAAAAGUUAUUGAACAAAUCAGGCCUGACAGACAAACAUUGAUGUGGUCGGCCACGUGGCCCAAAGAGGUCCAAAACUUGGCGCAAGAAUUUUUGAAGGAUUUCAUUCAAAUUAACGUUGGAUCAUUGCAGUUAUCUGCAAAUCAUAAUAUAUUACAAAUAAUAGACGUGUGCCAAGAGUACGAGAAGGAGAGCAAAUUGAGCACAUUGCUUAAGGAAAUUAUGGCUGAAAAGGAGAAUAAAACAAUUAUUUUUAUAGAAACUAAAAAGAAAGUGGAUGAUAUUACACGAAAAAUGAAGAGAGAUGGAUGGCCCGCUGUUUGUAUUCAUGGGGACAAGACCCAGCAAGAGAGAGAUUGGGUGUUACAGGAUUUCCGGACGGGAAAAGCUCCGAUAUUGGUAGCAACUGAUGUAGCUGCAAGAGGAUUAGAUGUCGAAGAUGUAAAAUUCGUUAUAAAUUUUGAUUAUCCUUCAAAUUCUGAAGAUUACGUUCACCGGAUCGGCAGAACGGGCCGUUCGCAGAAAACCGGAACGGCUUAUACGUUUUUCACUCCCAACAACUUUAACAAAGCAUCGGAUUUAGUUGCCGUUCUCAAAGAAGCCAAGCAAGUGAUUAAUCCCAAGUUACAAGACAUGGCAGAUAGAGGAUACAAUUCUGGCAAUACGGGAAGAGGACGAAGUAGAUGGGCUAGAAAUCCUAGACCACGUCGUUCGGUCACCAGAUCCAGAUCGAGGUCGAGAUCGCGCACCCCAAAACGUUCGAGACGCGAGCGUUCACGAUCGAGAGAUAGAAAAAGGAAGCGUUCUUUUAGUCGAGAUAGGUCCAGAAGUCCCGUCAAAUCAAGAUCUAACGGCUCGUAUUCGUCCAGAUCCGCCUCACCGCCGCUAGAUAAUAAUAGACAAAAUUUAUUACCGUCAUCAUUACACAAUCGCCCCCCAAGUCCGCCGACUAUUCAGCAACACCAUUCAGCGCAGUUAAUGCAGCUUCCUCCUCGAACAAUGCAAACUCCCAACUUUAGUCAAGCACCUCCAUUGCAACAAAGAUCUCAGCCUUCUGCAUCGAUGCAACAAGCGCCUUUGUCCAUCAUGGGGAUGUCGCACAGGCCGCCAAUGACCCAAGCGACGCCUUUGAUGCAAAAUCCGCCACCACAACAGAAACAAUCCGCCAUGACGCAGCAUCAGAGGCUUCCCCAUCAGGUUCAUUUGCAAAAUUUGCAACAGCCCCCGCCGCCGCCUCCUCAACACCAGCAACAACAGCAGCAGCAGCAGCAACCUCCGUUGCCGCAAGGUCCCCCUUUACAUCAACCGCCUCCGCAAGGUUUAUCUCAGCAAAGAGCAUUACAUCAACAAGGGCAACAUGUUUUGGCCUAUCAGAAUCUUCCUCAGGCUCAAUCUUUCGGAGGGUACCAUUUACCAAACGGUGGGGCAUUGUUUUUCAAUACGCCGCCGCCACCUCCUCCUAAUCAGAGAGUAACUGGAGUGUACUUUCAGUAUGCUCCGCCUCCACCAGCUCCAAGAUAGGUCGAGUAAAAAGUUAAAAUGAUAUCGACUAAUCGAUUAUAGGUAUAUUUGUUGUAUACUCUGUACAAAUAAGUAAUAGUGAAUUUAUGAAUUUAAUCAGUGUUAAAUUCAUUAAACUUAAGUCAGGUAUGUCUGCCGAUUGGUUCUUCAAUUGAAUUCAUGAAAAUCCUCUUUAAAAUUGGUUGUUUUAGAACUGAUUUUGGUAUAUAAGUGUAUUAGCGACGUUGCUUUAGAUAUCUAUAUGUUGAUAUUGUACUUUGGGUAUUCAAGAAAGUAGAUACGAGACUUCAUAGAUGUAGGUUUCUUUAACGUUAAGAUUUAAAAUACCGUUUUUUUUUUAAUUUGCAAAAUUAAAUUUAAUAUAAUUUAAGGUAUUGAUUUAUAGCUGAUUUUAUUUAUUAAAGAAAUUUAACAAAAUAUUUCUUUUAUUAAAUAGUACAUUAUAAACUAAAUGGCAAAUUCACAGAGAUUAUUACUUAAAUACUACAUUACAAUGUAACUCCGAAUCGUUGGAAUGUCUUUUAAAUUUGUUUUAAUGUCCAAUAAGCAUUUACGUUCUUUCGCGUCUUCCCUCAACUUAUACAGUUCAGGACAUUGCUAAAAAAUAUGGAAAAUUAUUAUGCAUAUAAAUGGAUAAAAAAAAUUAAGCACCAUACAAUUAUUGGUGCCGGUCUAGUAUGCGGUCUACCUCCCCAAAUGUAUUUUAUACUAAGUAUUUAUUACAAAGUAAAAAGGAAAGAAACUAAGAGAGAAAGAACAAAGUUACAAGAAAAAAAGUUUAAAUGCACAAACAUUUGCAGUUUUGUGAGUCAUGUUCACAACCAGUUUCAGUUUUGCAAAAUAUGACACCUAUCAAAGAAUUUAAAUAAUACUUGGGCGCCGAAAUAUGUAGGUAGACCGCCUACUAGAGAGGUAUAAUACUUAUACCGGUAGAUGCAAAAUUGUUUGGCAAUCGGUGCUACAAAGACAACUUCCAUUAGUGUUAUAUAAAGAAAAAGGAAAGAGUGAUAUUGUAGGCUUGCAACUUUCUCACUCUAACCACUGUUAUUUUAAUAAUCUUUCUUUCACAUUCAAGAGACAAAAUUGCAAACCAAUCUGCACUUACCCAUAUUAGCCUCUAUAAAAUUCCCUAAUUACUAAUCAAUUACCUUAAAAAGGGUGUAGUUUCCUAAAACAUAUAAUGCUUGCUUAGCUCUAGUUAGAGCUACAUUUAGUCUAUUUUUAUUGUCCAAAAAAUAGUUUGUAUUAUACCUAACACAAGAUAUAAUAACUAUGUCACUCUCAGCUCCUUGAAAACUGUCUACCGUAUUAAUAAAUAUAUUCACAUUCGAGUUAAAUCUGCAAUAUUAAUAAAUUAAAUUGAAAAAAGUUUGCUAGAAUUCUUAUAUACGCACUUGAUAGCUUUAACGUCUUGUAUAAUUAAAUCCUUUUGUGCAUUAUAUGGUGUUAUAAUUCCAAUUGAAUAUCGGCACUCUUCUUUAACGGUAUUUUUAAGAGUUUCCAAUAUAGUUUUAAUUAAAUUUACUUCUUCUAAGUUUGUGUAUUCAUCGUUAUUUGAAACUUGUGUUAAACUGAAUAACAUAUAGGGCUUCAAAAGAGGUAUGAUCGGAUUACGGCAGGUAUGGGAAGUUUUCAAUUUUCCACCGUAAAAUGCUCUAUUAGGAUAAUUGCAAAUUUCUUGCUUCAUCCUAUAUUGAACAUUGAGCAAACUUAUGGGAUAUUUUUCUUUAGGCACGUCGUGUUGGUCGCCGAUAUUAUCCAUUAUUCGAGAAAAUAACGAUUUACCA